GUGACGUCACUGCGGCCCUCUCGCGGCGGGUUCGGGAAGCUCUGACACGUCGCGUUCAGUGUCAAGCGAGACCGCAUCACUGGUGGACGUUAUAUCCUGUUCGGCCCUUCGUCCGUCAACAUCAGCCACCAUGGGGAUCAAGUUCCUUGAGGUGAUAAAACCGUUCUGCGCGGUCCUCCCGGAGAUUCAGAAGCCCGAGCGGAAGGUCCAGUUCAGGGAGAAAGUACUAUGGACUGCCAUCACUCUCUUCAUCUUCCUUGUCUGCUGCCAGAUUCCUUUGUUUGGUAUCAUGAGCUCGGACUCGGCUGAUCCUUUCUAUUGGAUCCGUGUGAUCUUGGCCAGUAACAGGGGCACGCUCAUGGAGCUGGGUAUCUCGCCCAUUGUCACAUCCAGUCUUAUCAUGCAGCUCCUGGCUGGUGCGAAGCUCAUUGAGGUUGGGGACACUCCCAAGGACAGAGCUUUGUUCAAUGGAGCACAGAAGCUCUUUGGUAUGAUGAUCACUGUGGGCCAGGCAAUUCUUUAUGUAAUGACUGGCAUGUAUGGUGAUCCCUCAGACCUUGGUGCUGGUGUCUGCCUCCUCAUUAUCAUCCAGCUGUUUGUUGCUGGCCUCAUUGUGUUGCUGCUUGAUGAACUCCUGCAGAAGGGCUAUGGUCUUGGUUCUGGUAUCUCCCUCUUCAUUGCCACAAACAUUUGCGAGACCAUUGUCUGGAAGGCCUUCUCCCCUGCCACCGUCAACACUGGACGUGGCACAGAAUUUGAGGGUGCAAUCAUUGCUCUCUUCCACUUGCUGGCCACUAGGCAAGACAAGGUUCGAGCUCUCCGUGAGGCUUUCUACCGCCAGAACCUCCCCAACUUGACUAAUCUUCUGGCUACUGUUCUCAUCUUUGCAAUUGUGAUAUACUUCCAGGGCUUCCGCGUGGACCUUCCCAUCAAGUCUGCUCGUUACCGUGGCCAGUAUUCCUCUUACCCCAUCAAGCUGUUCUACACUUCAAACAUUCCCAUCAUCCUCCAGUCUGCUCUUGUCUCCAACCUUUACAUCAUUGCUCAGAUGUUGGCAAACAAAUUCCCAGGCAACUUCUUUGUUGGUCUUUUGGGAACAUGGUCUGAUGUUGGAUCAGGAGGCCCAGGACGCACAUCCUACCCAGUUGGUGGGCUUUGUUACUACAUGUCGCCACCAGAGUCCUUCGGCCAUAUUCUGGAAGAUCCCUUCCAUGCCGUCAUUUACAUUGCCUUCAUGUUGGGCUCCUGUGCCUUCUUCUCCAAGACCUGGAUUGAUGUGUCUGGCUCAUCAGCCAAGGAUGUUGCCAAGCAGCUGAAGGAGCAGCAGAUGGUCAUGCGUGGCCACCGUGAGAAGUCCAUGAUCCACGAACUUAACCGUUACAUUCCUACUGCUGCUGCGUUUGGUGGUCUCUGCAUUGGUGCUCUUUCUGUAUUGGCAGAUUUCCUGGGAGCUAUUGGCUCUGGCACAGGUAUUCUUUUGGCUGUCACGAUCAUUUAUCAGUACUUCGAAAUCUUCGUUAAAGAACAGAGUGACAUGGGAGGAAUGAGCACGCUUCUCUUCUAAGAUAACUGUCCAAGAACCAAUAAUCAUAACAACCAAAUUUGAAGAGAUUAGCCCCACACAGGCAUGCCAACAAUGUUAAGUGUCGAAGUGUUGGUAAUUUUGUGAUAUUUUGAGCAUCAUUUCAAGCAGCACAGUUUGUGUGGAAACUCGUCAAAAUGUUUAAAGUAAUGUAUUACUUUUUUUUUUGUUAUUAUUGGAAUUUUCACUGUAUAAGUGGAUUUAAUUUAUUUUCCCCCCACUGGCCCCCUACCUCCCCACCCCACACAUUGUGGGGCGUUGUACAAGUUUGAUAUUUACAGUGGAGAGUCGGUUCAUCUCUAGGAUCUCUUGGCCUACUUUCUUUGUUAAAGUUUUUGCAAAUGUUUACUUAUGAUGGGAGUCCGCCUUCCAGUUUGGAAAGAGACCUAGUUGUGUGUGACUGUCUGGCAUCACAGUGGAGGUGAAAAGUGCAUUUAUUGCUCCAAGAUGCCUUUCUGUGCUGCCGGUUGGUGCUCUCCGAUGAGUGAGAGGCUGGGAUGCGAGUGAGAAAUAUUGUAUAAAUGAAAUGUGCAAAUGUUUCUACUUUUUACAUAUAAGAAGGAUAAUGUAAUUACAUAAAAAUUGAAAUUUG